CAGCUAGUUAACUUACUUUCCAAUUAUAAUUGUGAUAAAGUAGUAGCUAUUCUUUAUCCUUUUAAAUUUAAGCGUUUUAGUACGGAAUCGCCUCUAUCAGAAACACCUUUCAAGAUUCGUUUUGUUGUUAUCUCUCUAGUGUGUAUUUUAAAUAUGAAUAAGUCAUGACAUGCCACCAACUCUACAAAACCCCAUUUCUCAUUUCUCAUCCUUCAAGCAUCAAAGUUUAUCAUUUCAAGAUCUGGAUCAUGGCUACAGAAGUAACAAAGUAUCCUAGUACUUUGAAAGUACUGAUGUUCCCAUGGUUGGCUUAUGGUCACAUCUCUCCAUUUCUAAACUUAGCCAAGAAGCUCGCGGACAGAGGAUUCUUGAUUUACUUCUGUUCCACGCCCAUUAAUAUCAAAUCUAUUAUCAAGAAAAUCCCCGAAAAGUACUGUGAUUCCAUUGAGCUUGUCGAACUUCACUUACAAGAAUUGCCUGAACUUCCUCCUCAUUACCAUACGACAAAUGGUCUCCCACCCCAUCUCAAUCACACCCUUCAAAAGGCCAUGAAAAUGUUCAAACCAAACUUCGUGAAAAUCUUGCAAAACCUGAAACCUGAUUUGGUGAUUUAUGACAUAGUGCAGCAAUGGGCUGAACGCGCAGCGAAUGAACAAAACAUUCCAACUGUCAAGCUCAUACCUUCUGGUGCAGUUGCAGUUACAUAUUUUUUCAACUUGGCGAAUAAACUAGGGGUUGAUUACCCUUUCCCGGCUAUUUAUCUUAGGAAAAUUGAGCAAGUUAAAAUGAGCGAAACGUUCGCAAAGCAUGCUGAGGGAAAAGAAGAUGAUGAUGUAGAUCCUUUUGCUAAUGGAAAUAUGCAAAUAGUGUUGGUGAGUACCUCUAGAAUUCUAGAGGCCAAGUACAUAGAUUAUUGUACUGAGUUGAUGAAUUGGAGGGCUGUUCCUGUUGGUCCACCUGUCCAAGAUCCAAUGUAUAAUGACGACGCGGAUGAAGUGGAGCUCAUUGAUUGGCUAGGGAAAAAAGGUGAGAAUUCAACUGUUUUUGUCUCCUUUGGAACUGAGUAUUUCUUGUCAAGAGAAGAUAGGGAGGAAAUAGCAUUUGGGUUGGAGCUAAGUAAUGUUAAUUUCAUAUGGGUUGUAAGAUAUCCAAAUGGGGAAGAGCAAAAUCUUGAAGAUGUAUUGCCAAAAGGUUUUCUUGAAAGAAUUGGAGAUAGAGGAAGAGUUUUGAACAAAUUUGCACCACAAUCAAGAAUUCUAAAUCAUCCGACUACCGGAGGAUUUGUAAGUCAUUGUGGUUGGAAUUCAGUAAUGGAAAGUAUAGAUUUCGGGGUUCCUAUUAUAGCCAUGCCUGUGCAUCUUGAUCAGCCAAUGAAUGCUAGGUUGAUGGUAGAGUUGCAAGUUGCGGUCGAGAUUGUUAGAGAUGAUGAUGACAAAAUUCACAGAGGAGAAAUUGCAGAAACUUUGAAAGGUGUCGUAACAGGAAAAAUAGGAGAAAAUUUGAGGGCAAAAAUUAGAGAUAUCAGCGAAAAUUUGAAAUCUACAAGAGGUGAAGAGAUGGAUGCUGCUGCUAAUGAGCUAAUUCAACUUUGUAAGAAUAGUAACAAGUGCAAAUAAUGUGGUUUGUUGUGAUUCAAUCCAAGUGUGUUUAUCUCGAAUUCCACUUUAAUAAUUUCGUGUGAGAAUACAUUGGAUAUGUUAUUGUUAUUGUGGUUAGUUCUGUCCUACUAAUAACUCUGUCACUGACCACAUAUAUGGGGUAAAUUGGUUGAAUAACUUUAGGCAAUGUCAGCACUAAAUAUGUGUGUGUACUCCCUUUGCCUUCAAUAAUACAAUACAAAUAUUGUUAUUGCUUGAA